GUGUUAUUGGCAUAAGCAUUACACGUUUUCAUUCACGUUGAAAACAAGCGUGAAUUUCUCUGGAUAGAAAUAUAGCAAACAGAAUCUAUAAAACAACAAAGUAGGUGGAUCUUCUUCCUCUACACUUCAAUUCAAUGGCGAUUUUAUUCAACCCUAAUAUCACUUUGAAGCUCAACAAUGCAUCAAAACCUGUCAUCCCAAAUUAUCUUCUCCAAAACCCUAGAAAUCCAUCAUCGUUAUCAUCUUUUCAUCUUUCUUCUCCAAUGCGCUUACGCUGGGUCAAUGGCAAUGCAUAUGGAUCCGACUUCAGUUACUGGAAGAUGGUUCCAACUCGACACCAAUCAGACUCUAAAUUUGUGUCUCGAUUUUCGGUCAAGAGUUCACAGUCACAAGCUCCAUCAAAUUCAAAUGGUAGAAUUAUUUUUUGGUCUGCAGUUACCCUAGUGUUAGCUGUUGGGAAUCGCGUGCUCUAUAAACUUGCUCUAGUGCCUAUGAAGGAGUACCCCUUCUUUUUAGCUCAAGUCAACACUUUCGGGUAUGUGGCGAUUUAUUUUUCUAUACUGUAUAUAAGGCAUCGUACCGGAAUUGUAACGGACGAAAUGAUGAUCCUUCCAAAAUGGCGGUUUGCGGUAAUUGGUAUGCUAGAAGCCCUAGGAGUUGUUGCUGGGAUGUACGCUGCAGCCAUGCUCCCUGGACCAGCUAUACCAAUAUUGAAUCAGACAUUUUUGUUGUGGCAGCUGGGUUUUUCUGCUCUACUUUUAGGAAGAAGGUACUCAUGGAAUAAAAUUUCAGGAUGUCUACUUGUUGCUGCUGGAGUGGUUACAGCUAUUGCAAGCGGAUCAGAAAGUGGUCAAAUGCUAUCGGGAGUUGGGAUGCUGUGGCCAAUAAUGAUGGUAGUAUCAAGUGCAUUCCAGGCUGGUGCAACCAUUAUCAAGGAGUAUGUUUUUAUUGAUGCUGUUACUCGUCUAAAGGGGAAGUUGCUCGAUAUAUUUGUUGUUAAUUCAUUUGGUUCUGGGUUCCAGGCUCUUUUUGUGCUUUUGUUUCUUCCCUUGUUAUCAAAUCUGAAAGGCAUACCACUUCAUGAGCUUCCUUCAUACAUUAAGAGUGGAGCUGGUUGCUUUCUCAACAUCGGCGCUAGUUCAUCAGGUUGCGAGGGUUCUCCACUGUUGCCAUUACUCUACAUACUCAACAAUAUUGCUUUCAACAUAUCGGUUCUCAACCUCGUCAAAAUUUCUUCUGCAGUUGUUUCUUCACUAGCAAUUGUGUUAUCAGUGCCAACAACCAUUUACAUUCUUUCCCUUCCGUUGCCAUACCUACCUGAAGGCGUAACUUUGAGUCCUUUCUUUCUAUUUGGAAGUGUGAUACUUGUGUUGGGUCUUAUUUUAUAUAAUGUACCUCAACAUAGCAAGCAGGACCCUGAUUUCAUGUGAUUUUCACCUAUGCCUGUUUUGUUUUUUAUUUUAUAAUCGUAGUCUAGAAAUAUAAUAAAGCUUAGGGAGGUAAAAUAGACAUACGCACGCUUUUGCUGUUUAUUUUUUUUAUUACGUACUCUAGAAUUUUGUUUCAUUAAUGCUACUAUACUCGAUUUCAGAACGCCAACUCUAAAUUCAGAUAUUAUCUUUUUACUGCAUGCUAUUUGCUAUUGCUUGCGUUAAAUAUCCCAUCCUGAAAGGAGACUUAACAUCAUCUCUUUAGGCUGAUUGUAGGAACUAGGAACGAUUGGUUUAGGAAGAGUUGUGUUUAUUUUAAUUUAAUUGUAAGCAAUCAAUUAGUAUAUACAGAUUUAAAUCCUUCUCCUAUCAUAUAGUGUUUCCAUCUAGUGAUAACAAUCUGAAUAUCCAUAAAUCAUGUCAAUUUUUGUUUCUUUUUUCUUCUCUGCCGGUAUUGGUGUAGUAUUUCUGUUUUCAAGCAGAUUGUUUUUUCUAUUAUAGUCUCUGAUCUAAGGUGCAAUAUUUUGCUUCAGUCCCUAUUGUUUCAAGAAUUGUUGUUUGCACUCCUGCAUCGUAACUUUUGUUAAUUUACAAUAUUAACUUUAAUUAUAUGUAAC